AUGGAACAACCCGAUGAAUGUUUUGAUCCACUUCAAUUUGCUGUUGAUCUUAAUUUAUCUGAUAUAAAAAAUGUAAAUCUAGAUGAAAAUGUUUUUAUAUCAAAAGGUCUUAUUAAUCAAGCAAAUGGCUCAUCAUCUAUUGAAUCAAAAAGUCUUAUUACACAAGCAAAUGGUUCAUCAUUUAUUGAAUUAUCAGCAACAAAAGUAACAUGUGCUAUUUAUGGUCCACGUGAAACAUCAUCAACAUCAGAUGAAUCAUAUUCAAAAUGUUUACUUGAAACAUCAAUUAAAUUUUCACCAUUUGCACGUCAACAUCGUAUUGAUCCACUUUCAGUACAAUAUGAUAAUGAUGAAGAUUGUGAAGAAUCAGAAUUAUGUUCACGUCUUGAAGAAGCACUUUUACCUUGUAUACUUCUUCAUAAAUAUCCUAAAUCACAAAUUGAUAUUAUUAUUGAUGUUAUUGAAGAUGAUGGACAACAUUUACUUUCAGCUAUUAUUUUAUCAGCAACAGUUGCAUUAAUAGAUGCUUGUAUUGAAUUGUAUGAUACAGUUGUUGCUAAAUCAUUAAAAACAAAUGAUUCAUUAUUUACAUUAUGUUAUAUGCCAAAUUUAGCACAAGUAUCAUGUAUAUUUUUUGAUGGUGAGGCAACACCAAAUUAUCUUGAUGAAUUAACUGAUGAAGCUGUUAAACAAUGUCAAUUAUUACAUAAAGCUAUUUGUAAAGUGGUUAUAAGUGAUCUUAAAUCAGCUGCUGCUUUGAAUCGAAAGAUUGUUUAA